AUGAUGAUGCGCCGCCUAUCGUGGAUGAUCGCGAGGCCGCCGAGCCGCUCGUUUCACGCGUCGGCGCCUGCUCCUUUUCUCGUGCGGUCGCUGGACAACGUGCGUCAAAGUCGUCGCGUCGUCACGAGUGGAAAACACGGCGCGCUUGAGACCCGUCGCUAUCUCGUGCGCAAUGACGAGUGUGGCUUCUCGUUGCAGCAGGAAAUACUACAGAAAGGCGCGUCUGUGCGUCUCGAGUUCCAGAACCACGUGUUUGCGCUGCUCGUGACGCGUGGCCGAGGCCGCGUGCGGCUGCUGGACGGAAAGAACGACGACCCGGGACAGACCCAAGACGUGGCCGAAGGCUCUCUGGUCGUCCUGAAUGCAGCUGAAGCGAUGGCACUUGAAGCUGUGGGCGACGAGCUGCACGCUGUGAGCGUCAUGAAUCCGCCGCUUUACGGCGUCGAGCAGAAGAACGAGACGACGGGCGUGUUCCCGGCCGUGGAUGCCGAUGGAGAAGAGCUCGAGAGCUUCGAUCUGUCGGGUGUCCAUCGGUUGUUUACGGCACCCGAGUCGCUGAAAGGCGGGAGUGCGCCGAUGAAGGACGACCCUUUGUUUUGA